GGCUCCUUCUUAACUUGCUAGCUAGUCCAUUCCUUCCCUCUUGUUAUCUCCCCGGAAAUCCUGGUCUUGACUUUGCUGAACUCAACUGGUCCAGAACGCCGGCGGUUCCUCUCUUUCCUGCUCCAUUAUUACUACUCUUUCAUGGGUUGUGUUUCUUAGGAGGGAAUGUUUGAAAAUCCUUGAAGCAAAAUCUUUGGUGUUUCUUAUAUUUUCUGCAUUAUGAAGAAGGCUUCUGGGUUGUGGGCUUUGGUUUUGGUGCUUAUGUUCCUUGGUGUCUCUAGCAGCAGAAAAGCCUCCUUAUUUCCAGAUAUUCUUGUUAACCACCAUGGUGAUGGUUUGAAAAUGACAAGUACAAGCAGGAGUCUCAAGGUGAUCAGUGGAUACAAUCACAGGCACACAGGCAAUGUAAAUCUGGAUGAUUACCGCCCCAUCGAUCCUUCUCCGAGUUCAAAAGCUUCCAUUAGACCUGGUCCCAUCGAGCACAAUGCGCCAUUAAUCCCCUAUAUCCCAAAGCCUUCACUUUCGCCUCCUCAUCCUCCCAGCCCAAUUGUUUCUCCUUAACAAGAUCAAACCUUGUUCCUCCAGCAUCAAUUAAUCUCGAUGUUAACUGCAAUGGUCGUUGUUUAAGUACUUUGAACAAGUAAUUAGUUCCUAUGCAUCGUAGUUAUGUGUAUAAUGUGGCAUGCCCAAGCAGACAAUACAGACUACUACUCUGAAGCAUGUAAUCCCUUUUAUAUGUGUGUAUUAGUUGUGAUCAUUUUCAUGAUCAUGCAAGUUUCUUGUGCCUUCUAGGAGUCAUGAAUCUCUGGGAGUGAUAUUAAAUACUUGGUACUUAAUUUCAUGCAUUCAUCCUUAAUUUCAUGCAUUU